CUGUUUGUCGCCUUCCUGCCAACAGCGACGACAUGAAUAUGGAACUGCCCGCCCACCACUGCGAUGCUGGAACCAAUCGUCUGCAGGGUUUUGACAAGCAAUGCAGGGCCGCCCAAUGAGACUCGCUGACCCUCGUGGGGGCCGAUGGCCACCGGCCUUGGAACGACGGGAUGUGGUAGGCGGUGCGUGGGGGUGGUUGCUGAUUGUUCACCUCAUUGAUAUCAAUCGAUUGUUCCGACCCAUGACUGAUUUAUAUUUCAUCGUCCCACUUCACGUUACAACCCUAACCCGGACCUUCCCUCCCUGCAGUCGGCUUUCAAGUUGGUUGCUGAGGUCGAGAAGGGCGGUGGAGGGAAGGUCGGCGGUGGAAGGGGUUUGAAUCCCGGGCACUCAUGAGCUCGUGAAGCGUUAAAAUGCAGCGCACUGAAAGAUGAAGAAUUGAAGCAUGCGGGAAACCGCCGUCCUAUAUAUAUUCCGCCCAUCAACCCAGGUAGUCUCUUCUUAUCACGUCAAAGUGGCGUGGCUGUUACACCGUCCAUUCAGG